AUGUCGUCUGCAGACCCGCCCAACACCCCCGAUGCCGUGAAACGCUCCCGCUACACCUACCGCCACUUCCAACUGCUACGCCAAAGCUCCACCGCAACACCGUUACGCGCCAUUGCGCAUAUCGACCUCGAUGCCUUCUACGCCCAGUGUGAGAUGGUCCGCCUGGGGACGCCUCGCGACACCCCACUCGCGGUGCAGCAGUGGGAUUCACUGAUCGCCGUGAAUUACGCAGCGCGACCGUUCGGUGUCAAUCGCAUGGUCAGCACCGCCGAGGCGCGCAAACUAUGCCCGAAUAUUGUCUUACAACAUGUUGCCACUUUCCGGGAGGGCGAGGGCGGUCACUGGGCUUACCGGGAUGACUCGUUUCGGAGUGUAAAGACCGAUAAGGUGUCUUUGGAUCCUUAUCGGGCGGCAUCGCGGAACAUUCUCGCGACUAUGAAGGAUGAGCUGCAAAGGUGGUGCACAGAUACAUCGGAAGGCCAACUUGAUCACCUCACUCAGGGAAUUACGCCUGGGCUGGAAAAGGCCAGUAUCGAUGAAGUCUUCAUUGAUCUCUCGCCUCUCAUCUACAGUGUCUUGCUCCGGAGAUACCCUGAGCUUCGGGCCAUUGCUCAAGACGAGAAGCAAGUUGCCGAGCUGCCUUGCCCACCUACUACAGCGCUGCAAUGGGCAUCUGAGGACUCGCUGAUAGAUUUGGAUCCACUAGAAAGCGAGGAAGAUGACCCGGAUUGGGAUGACAUUGUCAUGCUGGUGGCCGCCGAGAUCACGAGGUCGGUCAGAAAUGCUGUGUGGGAGAAGCUAAACUAUACCUGCUCUGCCGGUAUUGCUCGGAACAAAAUGCUUGCGAAACUUGGCAGCGCUUGUAAUAAGCCUAAUAAGCAGACGGUGGUACGGAAUCGCGCUAUUCAAAAAUUUCUGGGCGGAUACAAAUUUACUCAGAUCCGGAUGCUGGGCGGCAAGUUGGGAGAUCAGAUCACUGCUUUUUUCGGCACAGAGCAAGUGAGCGAGCUUCUUAAUGUGUCCCUCGAGCAGCUGCGUGCAAAACUCGAUGAUCAUACCGCAACUUGGCUAUAUAGCACCAUUCGGGGAGACGAUCGCAGUGAGGUCAAUCCUCGGACGCAGAUCAAAUCUAUGUUAUCUGCGAAAUCAUUUCGCCCUAGCAUCAAUUCAAUCGAUCAAGCAGAAAAAUGGCUGCACAUCUUUGCUGCUGAUAUCUACGGUCGCCUAGUUGAGGAUGGCGUGCUUGAAAAUAGACGUCGUCCUCGAGUGAUUACUCUUCACCACAGAGUCGUGCAGAGUCGAUCCCGUCAAACCUCAAUCCCUGGUUCCAUUACUAUCGAUGAAAAUUUGCUAUUCGAGCUGGCUAAGAAUCUGCUUCGACAAGUGAUGGCAGAUGGACAGGUGUGGCCAUGUGCAAACCUGUCAUUGAGCGUGAGCAGCUUUGAAGAUGGGGUGGGUAAAAACAAAGCCAUUGAAGGCUUUUUGGUUCGUGCCGACCAGGCCAAGUCUCUGAUCCAUGCUAGACCUCGAGAUGCCGGCAUCCUCAGUGAACAGCCCCCGGCAGACAAAAAAAGGAAGAUUGACGGCAUCAAACGCUUUUUCAAUCAACCUCAUGCUGAUGAUCCUGCCGCAUCUGAUAAUGAAAGCCCUCAACCCCCAUUAGCUCAAGACUCAGCACCUAUCAUCCAGGAAGAUAUUGCAGUAUCACCGGACACUUCUGAUAUCCUGCAGUUUACCUGCAUUCGAUGUUCCAAAUCUAUUCCCGAGUAUGACAGAGAGGAACACGACGACUGGCAUUUUGCCAAAGAUAUAGCGAAUCAGGACAGACAAGAAGCACGGGAUGCCCAACAGCAAAGCCACCCACCGACCAACUCCCGGGCAUCUAAUACUCGUGGCCGACCUAGUCGAGGUGGCCGGGGAAAGUCAGAGAAAGGUCAGAUGCGACUGGCCUUCCAAUGA